AUGUAUUCCGACGGUCACGAGAUAGACGGCAGCUGGGUGCUGCGCGUCUACGUGACCGAUCUCCAGGUGGAGAGGAGCUUGCGAGUAAAAGGGGAACUGCACAUCGGCGGCGUGAUGCUCCGGCUGGUCGAGGAUCUCGACAUCGCGAUAGAUUGGUCGGAUCACGCUCUAUGGUGGCCCGAGAGGAAUCACUGGCUGACAAGAACGAGGAGCACCCUGGACCAGUAUGGCGUUGCAGCGGAUGCCUUCUUGCAUUUCACUCCCAUGCACAAAACUCUGCGAGUCCAAUUGCCGGACAUGCGAUGUCUCGAUUGCAAAGUCGACUUCUCCGUAAAGACGUUCAACGCGGUGAUCAACUUGUGCAAGGAAUUGGGAAUCAGACAUCCGGAAGAGCUGUCGUUCUGCAAGCCGCUGGAGCCGAACCACCUCAAGUACAAUUUGAAAGAUCUUCCGGCGAAGAAGAAGAUCGAGAGCCAGAAGAACGGUUGGCACGUCCCGGCGGACACGAACACGUUCAUCCCGGUGAGCCAGAGUCCCCGGGGAUCCACGGGUAGCCUGGAUCAGAGCAGCCCGUUCAUGUGCGCGCCGGUCACGCCCAACAACAGAAAUCACAGCACGCCGAUCAGCUCUCCGGUCUCGCAAACCGGUACUUGGAAGAGGAACAACAACUCGUCUGGUUUCGGUAGCACGGGCUCGUUCAACGCUAACAACAGCACGACGAGCCUGGAGGUGUUGAACGGAGGAUUAUCAGAAUCCUUGGCGCAGAGUCCGACGUCGAUCUCGCCAGAAGUACGGUCGAAGUUAAUUAGGCCGAAGAAUUUAGUGGAGAGAGCAAGGAUGAACGUGGCUUGGCUCGAUUCCUCUCUGUCGAUCAUGGAGCAGGGAAUCCGCGAAUUUGACACGCUCAGGCUUAAGUUCAAGUUCUACUCGUUCUAUGACCUGAACCCGAAAACCGACGCCGUCAGGAUCAACAUGAUUUACGAGCAAGCGAAGUGGCAGCUGCUGGCCGAAGAGAUCGACUGCACCGAAGAAGAGAUGCUCAUGUUCGCAGCGUUGCAGGUGCAAGUAAAUCUGCAGGCCAGUGUGCCGCAGCCGAGCUGCUACGACAGCAAUGGGGCUUCGUCGCCGGUCGAGGACGACAUAGACGCAGCCUUGACCGAUCUCCAAGUAACCCUCGAAGGGAGCAACAUCGGCAAUGGACCCAGCGACAUCACCCAGGUCCCUGAACUGUGCGAUUUCCUGCGUUUCCUCAAGCCGAAACGUUUCACUUUGAAAGCGUUCAAACGUUACUGGGUCACCUGCAGAGAUCUACAGUUGAGGCUUUAUAAAACUCGCGAGGAGACCAACAGCGAGUCUCCUGCCCACGUGAUCAAUUUGCGUGGAUGCGAGGUCACGCCCGACGUCCAUCUGUCGCAAGGACGGUACGGUAUCAGGUUGGAGGUGCCUAGUGCCGAGGGCAUGACCGAGAUGUGGAUCAGAUGCGACAACGAACAGCAAUAUGCUAAGUGGAUGGCGGCGUGCAGACUCGCUGCCAAAGGACGCUCCCUCGCAGACGCCUCGUACGAAAGCGAGGUGAACAGUAUAACGGCCUUCUUGCAGUUGCAGAGGCCCGCCCCCGCACCAGCGAUAAAUCCAAAUGCUCUCGACAUCGUACCAGAAGACUACGUCGCUCCCAGAUUCGUAAAGAAGUUUAAGGGGAAGUUGGUCCAACGAAUUCUGGAAGCUCACGCCAACGUGAAGGAUUUGUCACUGAUAGAAGCCAAGCUGAAUUACGUCAAAGCUUGGCAGUCCCUGCCGGAAUACGGGAUUUCGUUAUUCGUAGUCCGGUUCACUGGGAAAAGCAAGGACGAACUCCUGGGAAUUGCGAACAACAGGCUGAUGCGAAUGGAGCUGCACAGUGGCGAUCAUUUGAAAACUUGGCGAUACAACACGAUGAAGGCAUGGAACGUGAAUUGGGAGGUGAAGCACAUGAUGGUUCAAUUCGAGGAGGAAAGUAUUAUCUUCGAGUGCCAAUCUGCCGAUUGCAAAGUCGUUCACGAGUUCAUCGGAGGGUACAUAUUCCUCUCGAUGCGAUCCAAGGACGCGAAUCAAACGCUGAACGAGGAAAUGUUCCACAAACUGACGGGUGGAUGGGUUUAAGAUGAAGAAGAAGUCUGAUCUGAGAAUGCUUGAUUGACAUAUGUAAAAAAAAUUACUUAAAUCUAUCUCUAGACCUCAUUAUAGUAUUUGUAAAUAGAGAAAUCGUAUCGAAGCGCUCGUGAAGAGUGCACUUUCUUCGAUUCCGCGUUAGAACUGAUUAACAGGAAUAUGCUUAGUCUUCAUGAAAGUUUUGCAUCGGAACGAUUCGCAGUUGAACGAAACACACGUAAGAAGCUAAAAUCGCGCUCUUUUCUAUUUCUAUACGCGACAUGUUUAAUUAAGAUGACAAACGAAAUAAUACCUAUUCUUACAACGAUAAUCAUGUUACACCUUGUAGCAACCUCGUUAGAUGAUAAUAAUUUUGAUCAUUUUUUACUUCAUCGCCGAGUCGAUCUCGUUCGGGUUCUAAUAACAUAUUGUACGUGUAUUUUUUAACAUCAGGGGGUGCUAUCGCCGGCCGAGAUUGACUCAGUUUUUAUUAUUAAAUCGUGUAAAUUAUUUGUUGUUUUUAAUGUAAACUAUAUAUGAAAAAAUAUUUCCUUCUACCGUUACACAUUAUGUAUCUACUUAUACAGUAUAAUUGUAGACGCCGCGGGCGUGUAAUCAAAAAAAUGAUAGUUUUGUAUAUUAAUAGAGACUAGAUGUACAAUAAACUUAAUUAUUAUCA